AUGUGUCCUGAUGAGAGCGAUGAUGAUGAUAAUGGUUUAAAUUUUAAAAUAUUGCCAUUAUACAAAGAAGUAGUGAGUACUCCAUCAUUUACACAAGAACCAAUAAAUUGUGGUGCUUCCACAUCAACUGUAACUAAACCGUUCUGUGCAGAAAUUAACAGAGAAGAAACUGUACACUACACCGAAUUGAUGCCCAAAAUAGUUGGACAAAUUGAAUAUCCUCAAAAUCAUAACUUCGUUGAGGAUACAAGUUGUUUUAUUCCUAUAACUCACGAUUCACCUUUAAAUUUCAAUGGAUAUGACAGAUGCUCAUCUCAAGUUGAUGAAAAAUUAAAUAACAUAAUUUCAGAGCAAAUAGCAAUUAAAUUGUUAUUAAACCGAAUCUUGUCAAAGCUUGAAACUAACACAUUAAGCAAUAAUAGUCAAAAAUCAAUAGAUCUGGAUGGAAGUUUUGUAUACAAAUUUCCUAUGAAGAAUACUGAAGAAUUUGGAUCAGUCCAAAACUGCAUCUUACAUGAGUUUGAUUUCAAGGCUAAAUUGGCAAAAUAUUUUAUCAAAAACAUUGGUGGAAACACUCCUAAAAAUCAUGUCAGCCGUGGCAGAAAUAUUAGCACUAAAAUUGGAGACUCGGAUCUCAUAAAGAUAAUGAAAAAGUCUAUACAAGAAAGCUGCACUAACACUGCCAUGACUGAUUCUGAAUUUGAGAAGGUGGUAUCAGAAUGGUUGAGACACGCAAACACCAGAUGUAGUAGACAAACAAAUUAA